AUAACAAUUGUUAACUUCGGAGCCUUAAACAAGCCCCUAUCGUUAUCACCAGAGAUCACAGCAUCCAUUUUGAUCCCAUUCGGCACGUCUGGACCCGAGAUAUUUUCUUCAGUAAUCGGCAUAUUAUUCACCGACAAUGACAUCGGAACGGGUGCUAUCAUUGGCAGCUCAUGCUAUAACCAGUUGGCAAUUCCGGCCGCCUGUGGCCUCACUGUUGCCUACUUUGUGGGUCAGCCCAUCAAACUCGAUGCCCAACCCAUUCUCAAAGACCUCUUCUUCUAUAUUAUUUCAGUCAUUGGUUUGAUUUUUACGAUCAAAGAUAAUAGCGUUGAUAUAUUGGACGCUACUUUGCUUUUAACACUUUUUGCACUCUAUGUCGGUGUAAAAGUUGGACAAACUUACGGAAACACGUCCGAAGACAUGAACGGCAACUUAGAGGUUGAGCCGCGAGGGCUCGACUCUGGAGACGGUGUUUGUAAGGAUAAAAUGAAGACUAUUGAUGACAACGACGACGACUUGUUUGAUAAUAAAUAUGUCAAUACAUUAUUAACGCCCUUAACGUAUAUGUUUGACAUAACAAUGCCGUCGCAAAUGUCAUCGAUUAUAAAGUUUUUCAUCUCGAUCGCAUGGCUCUCAACCAUCUCAUACGUCAGCGUUAUAUCCAUUACAGACUUCAGCGAAACCCUUUGCAUACCGCAUACAAUCGCUGGUAUGACUGUAUUGGCCGCGGGUUCAGCCGUACCUGAUUUGGUGACCGCUGUUGUGGUGAUCCGGAAGACGGGCGAAGCGUCUGUCGGCAUAUCGAGUGCCAUAUCUGCCAAUAUAUUUGCCAUUUUGGUUGGACUCGGGUUUCCCUGGUUUAUCAAAUGCGCUCUCAAUGCUUACAACGGAUCCGUCACUUCAGUUGCCAUUCAUUCCCAGUCACUGCCCAUCACAUCGUGUCUACUGUUGGCCGCGAUAUUUGCACUAAUAAUGGCUCUGAAGUUAAGUGAAUGGCAACUGUUUAGCAAAUUGGCGUAUAUUUGUGGAUCAAUUCACGCCGUCUUCUUCUGUUUAACACUUGUCGUCGAUAUUUAUUAA